AACUAUUUUCAGCCUCAUGCCUCAGUGGAACCUGCCUGUCAGGUGGGCACCUGGAAUCUCAUGCAACUUUCUCAAGAAAGGCCAAAGCGAGAGCGUAGACAACGUACAAGAUUUCUCUCCAAACAACUCACAGCAUUGAGAGAAGUGCUUGCAAAGACCAUGCACCCAAGUUUGGUUACCAUGGGGAAACUGGCUUCAACGCUCCAACUUGAUCUAUCCGUAGUAAAGAUUUGGUUCAAGAACCAGCGUGCCAAAUGGAAGAGGCAGCAGCGGCAGCGAAUGCAGCCAUGGCCAUCACUAGGACCAUCAAACCAGACCCUUUCAGUGAAGAAGGAGGAGACUGCCUCAGCUAUAACUACUGCAAACAUUCGUCCAAUAAGUCCCAGAAUCUCUGAUGCAAAUGACCAUGAUCUCCAUGAGCCUUCUGAUAUCAAGAAUCCUGGAGGAGCCGGCGCCUCUGUGAGGGAUUCAUCCUGGGACUCUCGGGCACAUGACAUUGAACAGAUAUGUCUGGGGGCUUCAAAUCCUCCUUGGGCCUCCACUGUCUGUGAAAUAGAUGAAUUUGUAAAGAUCUACGACUUGCCAGGGGAAGAUGACACCAGCAGCCUAAAUCAAUAUCUUUUUCCAGUAUGCCUUGAGUAUGACCAGCUCCAAUCUUCAGCGUAA